AUGUACAUUCACUUCCUGGUGGUUCAGACCAAAGUGAAGAACAUCAAGCAUGAUGGAGGAGCUGAGACAGAUCCUCUCUGGAGUCUAAAAAGUAAGAAGAUGAUUGAAGCACUGGGGAAACUGGCUUUUCAGCAGCUGCAGAAAGGAAACCUUAUCUUCUAUGAAACAGACCUGACAGAGUGUGGCAUUAAUGUCAGAGAAGCCUCAGUGUACUCAGGAGUGUUCACACAGAUUUUUAAAGAGGAGGGGGACUUGAAAGAGGUCCAGCAUCACCUGAGUUCAGGACACCUGUCCAAAGUUAAUCUCUCUCCUGCUCAGUGGUCAGCUCUGGUCUUCAUCUUACUGUCAUCAGAAACAGGUGUGGAUGAGUUUGACUUGAGGAAAUAUUCAGCUUCAGAAGAGGCUCUUCUGCAGCUGCUGCCAGUGGUCACAGCCUGUAAGAAAGCCCAGUUGAGUGGCUGUAACCUCACAGAGAGAAGCUGUGAGGCUCUUUCCUCAAUUCUAAGUUCUCAGUCCUCCAGACUGAGAGAGCUGGACAUGAGUAACAACAACCUUCAGGACUCAGGAGUGAAGCUGCUUUGUGUUGGACUUGGGAGUCCACACUGUAUGCUGGAAACUCUCAGGCUGUCAGGCUGUCAGAUCACAGGAACAGGCUUCCCCUCUCUGGACACAGCUGUGCGCUCCAAUCCCUCCUAUUUGAAAGAGCUGGACUUGAGCUAUAAUCAUCCAGGAGACUCAGGAAUGAAGCUUUUGUCUGAUCUAAAGAAGGAUCCACAUGUGAAACUGGACAUACUCUGUGUGGAGCCUCAAGGAGUCCAGUGGAUGAGACCAGGUCUAAGAAAAUAUUUCUGUGAUCUGACGCUGGAUUCAAACACAGCACACAGGAACCUCAAACUGUCUGAUGGAAACAAGGAGGUGACACAUGUGGAAGAAGACCAGCUGUAUCCUCAUCAUGAUCUUAGCUUUGAUCACUGGCUUCAGCUGCUGUGUACUAACAGUCUGACUGGUCACUGUUACUGGGAGGUUGAGUGGAGAGGAGAGGUUCAUGUUGCUGUAGUUUAUGGAGGAAUCAGUCGGAAAGGAGAUGGUGAUGAAAGCAGAUUUGGAAGGACUUACCAAUCCUGGAGUCUCUACUGCAGUGAUGACAGGGGUUACUAUGUAGAUCACAAUUACAUAGCAAGAGCCAUCCCUCUGCUCUCCUCACCUCUCUGUCACAAAGUAGCAGUGUAUGUGGACUGUUCUGCAGGAAUUGUAUCCUUCUACAGUGUCUCCUCUGAUAAACUGAUCCACCUGCACACCUUCAACACCACCUUCACUGAACCUGUAUAUGCUGGGUUUAGAGUGAAGCCUGACUCUAGUAUCCACCUCUGUGCUGACUCAGAAUAAUGAACUUACUGUGCAGAGUCACAUUGGUGUUUCACACUUUUUCUCACUUAAAUAUUAUGAACCUUAAAUAUAUCAGGUAAACUGUCUGAUACGUUGUACAUAUAUUGGCUUGGUUUGUAGCCCCGAGUUGUUGAAUGAGAUUCUCCUGAAAAAAUCAUCUUAUUGUCUUUGGUGCCUAUUUUUAAGAGCACUUAUCAGUUUCUAUUAUGCGUCACAGUUUAAAUAGGAAAGAGGAACUUUACUUUAAAAUCUGUUGCAUUACUAUUAUCAACUAUUAUAUUUGUUCCAUUAUACACAUUUUAAUAAUGUUUAGACUGAUGGAUGAAAUCCUUGUAACAGAAAAUGUAGACAUUUUAGAUGUUGAUGAGUUAGACUUUGUGAGGAGGAGAGCUGCAGGCUUCAGAUUUUGUGUUUAGGCUUAAUUUCUUACAUUGCAUUACUAUACAUUUGUGUUUUUCUCUCUUGUUAUGCAAAUUAAUUAACAUUUCACUACAAUUAAUUCCUGGAAAAAGGCGAUAUCACCACCAUGUGACCAGUUUUCAUAACAAUUGAUCCAAAUGGUUCUGGAUCCAAAAAAAAAUUAUUAAUUUCUGAUGAUCUAAAUGUAGCUUUAAAUACUACUGACACGAGUGCACCUUAUGGAGGUUGUAACUGGAGGCCUUGGAGACAUCUCUCUUCAUUUCAUAUUCAGUAAAAACAGUCUGACUUAUAGAUGACCUCCAGUCUGUGUUUCUCGACUGAUCUGAGGAGCUUGGAAAGAAAAGCGUCUGGACUUCUUAAAGUUACUACGAUGACUGAGAACCUUCACAGACAUAUUUCUCGACUGAUCAGAAACUGUUUUUCAAUCUCAGAUUUGGUUUUUAUUCUGUGUGAAAAACACAAUCCUGAUUUGUAACAGAAAAGGGAAGGUGAAGACAAAAGAAAUAUGUAAAGAGUAGGAUUUUUUUCUUGUUGACGAAGGUGUUUUUACUUCUCCAGUGUAUAAAUGUGUGUAAUUAAUUUUAAACCUUUGUCAGUUUUUAAAUUCAGUUGGAGAAUAUUUAAACACAGCUGUUUUUUAAAUAAAUUUUAAUAAAG